AUGACAGCACUUUAUGAAAGAUUAUCAAAUGCUUCGCUGCAAACCUCUCGCAAUGCACAUCCCAUCAUCUCCACGCCAACUAGUGCAAACUCUGUUCUGCACUCUCUCGGUGUACCUGUAGAUUUUGUUCCCGGAUCCGGUAUCUUUCCAUCAUACAUGCAGCCGCCAUCUUCCUUCGCACAGGAACCAUUAUCCACGCCGCCCUCAUCUCUCUACGAUCUUUCCGCUUGUGAGAAUGUGUUUCGAACUACAGUACCGCAUUCGCUCCCUGAUGUCGGAUGGACGUCGCCGCACAGUCGCUCUCCGGAUUUCAUUUCUCAAUCGAGCAUGACAUGGAGCUCUGCAGAGCGACCUGCUUAUUUACGCCAAGACAAUUAUCUAAGGCAUGAGAGCGAGAUAGACUUCCUUCUUCGGCAUUUCUCAGAGGGCCCCGGGCGCUGGAUGGAUAUUUUCGAUACCGGUGCUUACUUUGCAGCUUAUGUGCCCGUACAGGCACGCCAGAGUGCACUUCUUGAGCAUGCCGCCAUUGCUUGCGCAGCUAGGGCAUUUGGACGUAUCAAGUUGCACAAGUCAGUGAGGGAAGACGAUGCGCCACUCUAUAGUGGAACCAAAAUACAUCACAGUACACGAUCAGUCAACUGGCAACGCACAGCAGCAGAGAAUUAUGGCGCCGCUAUCUCUCUAAUACUGGGCUUUCUGGAAGAAAACGCAAUCGACACGCUUGAGGACCCUGACUACGUGUUUCAGGAUGAUGGUAGCGAAGCGGAUAAGGUGUCCAACGAUCCGGCCUCAAGGGGGCAGAGUGACACAGCCGAAAGAAGCUCGCGAGUCCGUCCCAAAGAUGUGUUAGCAGCUUUGGCAAUCCUCUCCAUGUACGAGUUUCUAGACGGCUCAACUCUAGAGUGGGUAGAGCACUUAAAGGGGGCGCAAUUUCUUUUUGGCCUCCUACAAAAGCCAAUGAAGUCCCUACGAAUGCUGAGCGUGGGCCCGUCCGAAGUACCCACGAGGUGGAACUUCGCCUGUAAUUCCAGAAGAGCUGCAUUUUGGAAUAUCGUUAAACAAGAUAUGCUCGCUGCAUAUAUCAAUCGGACUGGGACGAGAAUUGAUACAGAGAAGUUCAUCAUGUGGAGAGAAGCUGGUCUGCCCAUCAAUGAUGAAGGUUCUCUCGUUGCUAUUGUCGCAGCGAACAAUGAUUCUCGGGGGUGCGAGGGCAUGGUAACAGAAUCCCUCCUCUCCAAUUCACUUACUUGGCUGAUGGCUCGGUUGGUGAACUUGCUAGCUUCUCUCAAUCCGCUCUCGUCGGAAACAAGUGCCACGCAGACUGGCAUUUUCAGCCAAACGCUCUCACAGUAUUGGUGGUCCUUACAACGACAAUUUCAAUCUUGGCACGACGGUUUGCCAGCAACUUUCAGGCCUUCAACUGGGUCUCAACUUUCUCACACUAUGCUGCCGCGAUCUGAAACUGACCACAAGCCAAUUUUCUACGAGGUGUGGUACAGUACCUCGCUGUGCGCGUCUGCCAAGCAAUUGUAUCACAUGGGUCAGAUACUUUUGCACAUGAGCAUGCCCCAAACCCAGACUUCUGAUGGGUACACAAUGAAUUACCAGUUGGAACCUCACCCUGCUACCUGUCAUGUCUGCCAAAUGCACGGUCGUGAGAUCAUUGGCAUCGCGCUCGCUCAUUUGAGUGGAGCAGUGCGCAUCAACUCAGUCCAGCCUCUGUUUUUUGCUGGGCAAUGUUUAGUCGAUCCGAGAGAACAACAGAUCGUGGUUGAUCUCCUCCACGAGAUCGAGAGGACUGUGGGCUGGAGCACUAAAGAUAGAGUGCUUCAAUUGGUUCAACAGUGGCAAUGA